UGCCGUAACCAGACAGCAGCACGGAGCACCAACACACCGGGGAUGGUCUCGUCAUUUUCUAAUCAAUACCAACGUUGUGUCUCCACAAAAUGAAGUUCCCGUACUCCUAGAUUCGUGAGGAUAUGGUGAGGACUGGAGAAGGUGUCCCAUGCUGCAUUAGUGGAAUAGUGACAUGCUGGCCUGUCUGCCGGCAUCAGGUGACCCUACCAUCAGACUUCUUUCCCGCACGCAGAUGAACACUGGACUACAGAAAUGGGAAACUACACAGAAGAUGAGAUCUGCCAGCUACCCAACCCCAGCAGAGUUGGAUGCCUAUGCUAAGAAAGUUGCCAACAACCCUUUGACCAUCCAGAUCUUCCCCAACAGUGUCAAAGUACCUCAAAGGAAGCACAUUCGCCGCACAGUCAACGGGCUCGACACCUCCUCGUCCAGCCAGCGCCACAGUCCUUACCCGUCUCAGGUCAGCACCAGUGGAGGCCUGCUGGCCGUCCUCCGUGCGCCUGUCAAAGGCGUCAUCAAAGAGUCAGACGGUAGCCGCGCUCGACAGCUACAAAAGGCAGUCAUGAACCCUCACAGUGGGCCGUACGCCACUCAAAGCACUUUAAAUCUUCCUCAGCCUGCUCCUCACAUGCAGGGCCCGCCUCAGCCUGCAGCCCAGAAGCAGGGCAUGGUUCAUCCACAGGCGCUCCAGCAGCAGCAGCAAAGUAUGACUCAUCCAAUGGCUUUACAGCAGCCUCAUCCACAGGCUUUACAGCAAAGAAACAUGGCUCAUUCACAAGCGCUACAACGGCAGCAGAGCUUGUCCCAGGUUCAGACUUCGCAGCAGCAAAGAUUGGCUCAUCCACAAGCUAUCCAGAGGCAGCAGAGUUUGCCACACAGCCAGGCUCUGCAGCAGCAGCAGCAGCAGCAGCAGCAACAACAACAACAACAACAACAACAGCAGCAGCAACAACAACAACAACAACAGCAGCAGCAGCAGCAGCAGCAGGGCCCGUCCUGCCCACCAGUCGUACCACAGCAGCAUCUUUCUCAUCUGCAGACACUAAAGCAUCAGACGGCUCCUCCACAAGCUUUACUCACACAACAAGGAGUGACUCAGGAUCUGCGCCACUUACCUGACGGAGCUCAGCUUCCCAGCCUGCAGCACACCCAGGGGCUAGUUGGCUCACAGGCCCUCCCCCAACCUGUAGCUGCGGGACCUGCUAACAUGCCUAGCAGCCUCCAGCAGCCCACACCUGGACCAUACGGGCCGCGGAAGCUCCCUGACGCAGACGCCCCACCAAAUGUAACUGUAUCUACCUCCACCAUCCCACUGUCCAUGGCAGCCAGCCUGCAUCAGAACCGGCCAGGCGACCUGAGCAGCAUCGUGCACCAAAUCAACCAGUUGUGCCAGGCUCGGGCCGGCAUGGGCACCACCUCAGUCUGUGAGGGCCAGAUCGCAAACCCCAGCCCCAUCAGCCGCAACCUGCUGAUCAACGCCAGCUCAAGAGUGUCCGCUCACCACCCAGCGAUGGGCAACGUGCCCAGCUGCCUGAUGGUGGGACCCCCAGACAAAGCAGCAGCUCAGACUCCCAGUGCUGCUCUCCAUUCACAGCCCAGUAUAGCUGCUCCUAACAAUAUCCCUGCUUUUCACACAGACCCUGAGAAGGUCCAACUGCAGCAGCAGCAGCAGCUUCAGCACCAUUUACAUCAUCAGAAACAACAGCAGCAGAUACAGCAGCAGCAGCACCAUUUACAACAGCUGCAGCAGCUGCAGCAGCAGCGCUCCUGGGCGCAGCAUCAACUGGCCCACAUGCAGCAGCCUCCUGAGGGGGCUCAUCCCUGCAAGAACCCAAGGAUGGACCCUCCAGCUGAGUGUUCUUUCCCCUCACGAAACCUCAGCUAUUCCCACAAGCUACCAAACACUGCACAGGGCUUUCCUCUGAAACAUCCUGCAGAGAAACCUCGACCUUCGUCUCCUGUUAACUGCCCAGUAGGAUCUAUGCCUUACGUUAAUGGCCACUACAUGCAGCCGCCGUGGAGCAGCAUCCCAACCACAGCAGGUAACAAUGGAUCUGGCCCUCAGGACCUGCCGGUGGUUUUCCAGGGAGGGCAGGCUGCUGCCUCCACAGACCGCAUCCCAGGGGCCAAGUACAGGCCUGGGAAAGAGGGUCCAGCUGGGCAGUCUAAGCUGAUGUCGAAUGUGGACUUCUUAGGGGGAGACUUCCAGAUGCCCGGCUUUCAGGAGCAGAACAUGGAUGUGAUGGAGAAGAUGCACAGGUCAGCCAUGGGCCAAGUUCAGGAGCCCAGCAGCAGCGGAGGCGUCCACACUCAUCACCCAGGCUACCGUUAACGUUAGCGCUUAUCCCCACGUGGUGUGUUUUGAGUUUUUCUCAACAGCUACUUUCAACAUACGUGUUUUAUUCUUUAAGAUCUUGCAAGUGAUCAAUUAGAUUUUAUUGCUUCAGAGCUCAGUUUGGAGGCCCACCAGGUUGUGAUGUUUCAAAGUAUUCCUCAGGUCUUAAGCCAUGUCGUACCUUUGUUGCAGAUGAAGGGUUUUUGAGAUUGUUGUCCACUCUUUUCAUCACUGGCAUGGAUGUGCUGCUCUUUGUUCAUGUAUAUAUGGUGUUCUAAAUUGUUCGUUUGCAGCUGAGCGUGUGCUUGCCUUAUGAUUGUCACAGUGCUUUUCAUGGGUUGAAAUGGAACAACUUUUAUCAGCAUUUGUGGCCUUACAACUGCCCAAAGGCAAGAUUUAGGAUGUCCUCGUGUAAUGUUGUUUUGUUUUUUUGUUUUUUUUUUGUUUUGGCAAUUAUUUAUCCUUUUAACAGGUUUGUGAUCCAUUUUAAUAAGAAGGUUACAUGUAUAUGCAAUUAAUACGACUGUUGAUAACGUUUUAGGAGCUCUUUCUCAUCGUUGAGGUGUACACUUAUUCUAUCAGGAAUACAAACGUGGGUUUAUGAACUGCACCGUUGGGGGGUAGGUUUUGAAUUGAGCACGAUUUGGGUUAGAAAUCCGACAAAGCCAGCACUAGCAAAAACAGUAACACUCUCCGUUUCUGAGAUUCAUGUAGUUUUUAAGUGCCCUCUUGUGUGUAAUAUUUCAAGAGUUGCUUUUUAAGUAGUUUGUUUUAUGACCGUUUUUGUUGUAUUACUGUAGAUCGUCCUACUUGAAUCGUAGAAAAUUACUUUUAUGCUUGGCAAAAGGAGCCGAACCUCCAUUAGCCCUUAUUUGUCUAUAGCUAAUGUGAAACAGAAUAGCAUCCCAUUAUUAUUAUUAUUAUUAUUACUAAAACUGUGUGUGUGUGUAAGAGAGAGAGUGUGUGUGAGUAUGUGAAAAGCAAAUUGAUCACUUGCAAGCAUGCAAGUACUUCAAAUAAUGCAAGCAGGGAAGAUGCUGCGUUUCCCCUUCGACACAUUUUAUCACCACUUUACUACUGUAAUGCAACUGAUGUGGUGUGUGGACGUUUUCUGUGUGGCUUGUGGUGGGAUGUUCAUCUACUAAUCACUGGCGUUGCCCCGUGUUGUAUUUCCGCUACCUAUAAAGAAACGAGAUCGCGUAAUGCAGGUUAUAUUUCGCUAGAUGUGUCUCUAGCACGAAGCUCCAGACUCAUGUCCUCCUCUUUUUUUUUUUUUUUCUGGUUAAUGUUGUCUGGGCACACGUUGCUCUUCUAUCCUCAAGCCUUCUGGAAAAAGCCUUAAAUGCCACAGUAGUUAUAUUCUACAAGUUUCUUUGCCAGGAUCCUGACUAAAGUAUGGCUUCGUUGUGCGUAUUUGUUUCUUUUUUCCCUGAGCUCUUGUUUGUUUGACGCGCUGCUGUCACAUCAUUGGGCGGCGGGAACGGAUGAGAUUGCCUUAAAUGGAAUUGUUAAGGUAAUAACGCUCCACAUGCCUGUCGAUAAAUCACCAUCCUACUGUCUCCGAUGUUACCGAUCACGGAUUUAAGAUGAUUUUAAGAGUAAAAUAUGAAUAGUAUUUAGCAGAAGUAAUAGGUAUUUAGAACAGGGCUGUAGCAGUUAUUUUAAGGUAUUUAAACUGUGUUUUAGUUGUUAUACUUAAUAAAUAACCUGAUCUAGUUUCUUAAUUUAUUUUUUUGGACCACUGCAUCCUGAAGCCAUAGGUGUUUUCACAUUAGGUGCCAUAGGUGAGGCAGACGGUGUAACCCGAGAGUCUGCGCUCAAAGGCAAAUAGGAGGUUUGCAUCCACGCUUUAACCGGAUGUCUUUCACAACAGCAACGUUGUUUUUCCCUCUGAGUUGUUCCCAGAACACAGUACAGGUCAAAAGGGAGAAAGAAUUACAAGGCGAGACGAAGAAAGACAGCUGAGAUGCAAACCGUAGCUUUUCUGGAGUUUGGUCUUCAUACUUGAUGGCAGUUUUUUGUUUUUUUUUCCUGGCUCUCAUUUUUGAUGUGCCUGCCCCUCGAAGCUGCUAUUGAAUUUAAUCUUAACACACACUAGUAUGAUUUGUGUGUACGUGUGUAUGGAUAGUAAUGAUGUAUGGGCUGUAUCAGUGAAAUAUUUAUUUGAUGGGCGCACGGCGAAAAUCGCCAAAUGCUGGUAAAUGUGGCUGUUUGUUGUGCCGGCCAUGUUUGGACAUUAUGUGAUAACUGACCAGUAUUCAAAGUGAUUUUCCGAAGUCUAAAGACCUCCCGAGCCUGUCUGGCUUCCUGAGCGUUAAGUCACCUGAAUGAAAACACUAAAUGAUCAGAGCUGUCCUGUUAAUGUUGAACUGCCUCGUUACAGCCCGACACAGUCAGGUUCUACAGUUUCAUAUGAAGUGCCUCCACUGGGCUUAGUACGGAGAAAUGUGUGAAUGGAUGCUUGUGUGUGUGUAUGUUAAGCUUGGGUACUUGCACACAGGUGUGCACGCUGACAAAGGUGCACGAAGUUAAUCUCUGACGGGGGACCAAGCUACUUAGUGUAACUACUGAUACUGUGUCAUGGACUGAAGUCCUGAAGUGUGCCACGAUUCCUAGACACUGUCGGGAUGUGUGAACUGUUUGCUGCUGACUCACUGACCAAAGUGACCAAGUGUCCCUCUCUAACCACCCGGCUAGAAGCCUCGGCAAGCUUGUUUAGGGAACUUGUGUUCUAACAGUAAUAAGCAACAACCUGGUGACAUAAAGGAGAGCUGCUGCCCUCGUUUGGACGGUCGAAGAAACUCUUGUGAAGUGUAAAGAUGUGAACCGAGCAUAAAAUAAAUCUAGAUCGAGAGGUUCCUGUCUGCACAUCACACCCCAGGUUUUUUCUUUCCCUCCAAGCAAGAUCCUGAUGUGGUUCUAAACAAAGCUUUGUGUUGUUGGGGCAGACAUCCCGUCGACCACGGUGUUUGCACUCUGAGAAUCUGAUCUGGUUAAGCACAUUGUAGCUCGUCGUGUUCGCUGACUCAGAUGGCAAUACUUAUCGGGGCACAGGUCUGCAACAGCUCUCUCUAGAUUUCUUUAUACUCUGAUUACUGCGACGGCCUCUGACUGCCGGAGGCGUCGUGUUGUGAACGGUGGUGGAGGGGGGCUUACUUCUUCUACUUUGUGAAAAUGUGAUAUUCCAGUUUUGCCUAACCUUCAGGAAUAAAAUGUCUUGCACAAACAUUCCCCCUAACCAAAAUAAAGUUUGCAAACACAAA